AUGGAGUAUAAAUAUAUAUUUAUAUUAAUAGUUUUUUUUUAUUUACCAGUACUAAUUAUAGGUCAAUAUACUUUAAGAGGAGUUCCUGUAAAAAGGUAUCUUGUAUUAGAUGAAAAUUAUAGAUUACAAUGUGAUGUUACAGAUUCAUCUAAUGCUGUAGAUUUCCGUAGAAACAAUAUUGUUGUAUGUAGUAUAUUAUCUCAAAGCUGUGAAAGUCAAUCAACAAAUAAUAGAUAUAAAUGUGGAUGUAUAAAUAAUAACAACAAAACGCUAUAUCUCAAUAUAAAUGAUAUAAAUAUAAAAGAUGAUUCAACAUGGUCAUGUAAAGGUAACGCUGGUGGACAAAGCUCAACUACUGUAACAGUUUACUAUGGUCCAGAGAAUAUAAGAUUUAACCCUACUAGUAAUAAUAUAGAUGUUAUAGAAGGAAAGAGUCAGAGUGUCAACUGUUUAGCUGAUUGUAAUCCAGAUUGUGACAUCAACUGGUCUAAAGAUGGUUCAACAACAAUUCUAAAUAACCCUUUAUCACUUAGCACCAGAAUUCAAACUGGUGUUUAUACCUGUACAGUUAAACAUAUUGUAUUUAAUAAACAACUUACAAAACAACUUAUUGUUCAGGUUUAUUAUGGUCCUGAUGAACUUACUUUCUCACCAGAUGUAACAAGUAUCAAUAUAAUAGAAGGUGGAGAUCAAACUAUAACAUGUUUAACUGAUUGUUAUAAAUGUAAUUAUAAAUGGACUGGACCUGAACAAGUUUUAUCAUCAAGUAAAGAUCUUAUAUUGACUCAAAUAAAAAGAAAUCAGGAUGGAAACUAUAGAUAUGAAGCUACCAAUAUUAAAAAUACCAUCCCUAAAACAAGAUCUAAAUCUCUACAAGUUAAUGUACAUUGUAGGUAUAAAUAUUUCACUUAA